UCUCAGCUUGUGGAGCGUGCGCGUAUAAGAGAGAGAGAGCCAGCGCCGUUAGCUGUUCGUGCAGAGAAAGGGAGAGAGAGGAAAGCGAGAGAGAGAGAGCAGCAAGUAAGCCAUGAUGCUUGGCUGGCUGUGCCUAAAUCUACGUGUGCAGCCAUUUGGGUGAUAUUUAACGGGGGACGGACGUUGCAAAAAGAGAAGAAAGGAAGCAAAAAAAAACGGGACCACAUAAAAAAAAAGAGACAACAGACGGUUCAGUGACGGGCCGAGCUUUCUUGACGGCUGCCAGUGACUCAACAAGUCCCGCGGAAUAAGCUCGAGAAAAGUUGCAAGCGAGCAUCAACAGCGCAGGGGUGUCGGCUCGGGAGAACUGUACGAGUUUCCAUGCCAUGGCGGAUCACAAGCUGACGGUGAGCGUAAACAAGGCCAUCAACAGCCAGGAGGUUCCUGUCAAGGAAAAGCAUGCUCGCAUGUGCAUCCUGGGCACGUACCAGGAGAAAGGUGCCCACACCUUCUGGUCCGUAGUCAAUCGGCUGCCGCUGUCCAGCAAUGCCGUGCUGAGCUGGAAGUUCUGUCACGUGUUCCACAAGCUGCUUCGAGAUGGCCACCACAACGUUUUGAAGGAUUCCUUGCGUUACAAGAGUGAGCUGAAUGACAUGGGAAGAAUGUGGGGACAUUUGAAUGAAGGAUAUGGCCGGAUGGUGAGCAUGUACGUGAAGCUGCUCAUUACCAAGAUGGAUUUCCAUAUAAAGAACCCAGCCUUCCCCGGGAACCUCAUGAUGACGGACGCUCAGCUGGAGGCAACGGGGGAGAACGACGUUAAUAACUUUUUCCAGCUGACAGUGGAAAUGUUUGAUUACUUGGAAUGUGAACUCAUCCUCUUCAAUGCUGUAUUCAGCUCAAUGGACAUGUCACGGCCUGUGUCCAUGACCACGGCGGGACAGUGCCGACUGGCACCGCUCAUCCCCGUCGUUCUGGACUGCAGCCACCUGUACGACUACAUCGUCAAGCUGCUUUUCAAGCUGCAUUCAUGUCUUCCUGCUGAUACACUGCAAGGUCACAGGGACCGAUUUCUGGAGCAGUUUAAGAAGUUGAAGGAAUACUUGCAUCGCUCCAGCAACCUGCAGUACUUCAAGAGGCUCAUUCAAAUCCCUCAGUUGCCAGAGAUCCCCCCCAAUUUCCUGCGUGCGUCGGCGCUGUCCGAGCACGUGAGCCCAGUGGUGGUGAUCCCCGAGGAGUCGGCGUCUCCGGACAGCGAGGCUGUGCUGGAGACGGACGAUCUGGUGGACACGGACUCCACCUCAACACAGAGCCAAUUCGACGACCGUUUUGAUGACUUGUUUGGAAGUUCCACAGUCAGCACACCUUUCAACUUCAACAGCCAGAAUGGUGUCUCCCGGGACGAGCGGGACAAGCUUAUCGAGCAGCUUUACAGGGAGAUCAACGCCUUGAAAGAGGAGCUGGACACCCAACGGCUGGAGACGGAGCGCGUGGCGUCGGCCCUGCGUAGCCGACUUGGGGAGCUGGAGGCCGAGCUGGCGGAGGCACGGCACCUGCGUGGCCAGGCGUGGGACGAGACGGAGUUUCUGCGCACCGAGCUCGAGGACGUCAAACGGCGAUCCGAGGACACGGAGAAGACCCAGAAGAGUCUCACUGAGAUAGAGAAACGGGCGCAAGCGAAUGAACAGCGCUACAACAAGCUGAAGGAGAAGUACACGGGACUGGUGCAGAACCACGCGGACUUAUUGCGCAAGAAUGCAGAGGUGGCUCGCCAGCUUACAACCGUGCGGCAGGCCAAGGAGGAGGCAGAGACUGCUCGGCAGCAGCUGCAGUCCUCCAUGCAGAGCAUCAUGCACCGAGCAGAGGAGCAGGUUCGGAGUCAGAGCGAGGGCGUGGAACAGCUGCAGCAGGAGCUCGAGACGGGCAGGCAGGCGGUGGCCUCCCUGAAAGAGGCGCUGCGCUCAUCACAGGAGGCUAGCUCGGAACUGAGUGCCAGGCUGACCGCACUGGAAGCUGAGCGGGCAGAUGUGGAACGUGUGUCAGGCGAGCGGGCGAGCGCGAUGCAGACCCUGCAGUCACGCCUGGACGAGACACUGAGCACAUCCAAGGCAGAGGCGGAACGCUCCGAGCAGGAACUGAGUGCGCUGCAAAGCCAACUCUCCCACAAGGUUGAGCAGGAGGGCGUGCUGAAGGCCCAGUUGCUGGCUGACCAGAAGGCCCUGCUUGACUGUGCUAUGGCGGAGGCAGAGCACAUGGUGCAGAGUGCUUUGGAGCAGCUGGAUGACCCUGCACAUAUGGGCUGCACAGCCUCACCUGAUUACUUGAUCUCGCGAGCGCAGUGUGGUGUGGACAGCACGGAUAGGCUCAAGGAAGGGCAUUCACAGUUCUUGGCCAACAGCCAUGACGCAAGCGGGCUACUGGGCAGCGUGGCAGCGUUUGCGCACGUGGUGAGCGACGUUAUAGUGCAAGGCACCGCCACUUCCCAUGCGUCGCCCAUUGACCAAGCCGACAAACUGUCGGACUUGUGUCGCCACUGUGGAACACAAGCGCUGACAUUCCUCGGCUCCCUGAAGGACUCUGCAUCUGCCGAGGAGGCCAGUCCAACCCACACAAGAGAAGCCCUGCUUGCUAUCCUCGCCAUUGCACAGGAGCUGCGUCCACGAGGCUUGGACGUGAAGCCAGGGGAGCUGGGAGAUCUCGUGGAGCAGGAGAUGGCUGCGACGGCGGCCGCCAUCGAGGACGCCGCCGCACGGAUAGAGGAUAUGUUGAGCAAGGCACGGGCGGAGGAGAGGGGAGUAAAGUUGGAAGUAAAUGAAAGUCCGAGUGUGGACAGGCUUAGUCUCCUUCUUAACAACGUGAACCCUGGCAGUGAGGUGAUGGAGAUUCUUGCCUCCUGUACAGAUCUGAUGAAGACCAUAAGAGCUUUGAUUCUGGCCUCUAAAGAUCUUCAGAAGGAGAUAGUGGAUGAAGACAGGGGGGCGACCUCACAGAAGGAGUUUUAUGCCAAGAAUUCUCGCUGGACGGAGGGACUGAUCUCAGCUUCCAAGGCUGUGGGAUGGGCUGCCACUAUGCUAGUGGAUGCAGCAGACCAGGUUUUAAAAGGUAACGGCAAGUUCGAGGAGCUGAUGGUGUGCUCGCGCGAGAUAGCGGCAAGCACGGCACAGCUGGUGGCCGCCUCCAAGGUUAAGGCGAACAAGGGCAGCACUAACCUGCAGCGCCUGCAGCAGGCGUCGCGCACCGUCAAUGAGGCCACCGCCAGCGUGGUGGCCUCCACCAAGUCUGGAAAGGCGCAGAUUGAGGAGAAAGAAACAAUGGACUUCUCCAGCAUGACUCUGACUCAAGUGAAGAGACAAGAGAUGGACUCCCAGGUACGGGUGCUGGAGCUGGAGAGCCUGCUGCAGAAGGAGCGCGAGCACCUGGGGGGCCUGCGUAAGAAGCACUACGAGCUGGCGGGGGUGUCGGAAGGCUGGGACGAGGAAGAUCAAAAAUGAACAUUCUUGGGAUCAACUGUCAAAGUCUUCGGGAAAAUAUGAAACGGAAAAAAUCAGCACAAAAUAUUCUUCACCCUUUUAUACAUUUUACAUUAAACAAAAUAAUCAAAAAGAAAAAAACACUUUUUCAGUAUUUCUAUAUGGAGUAUUUUAACUGUGUCAGGUUGAUGAUCUUAAUUUUCUGUUUGUACCAGCUGAUGCCGUGGACUGUACAGUUUUUCCAUGGGGGGCAGCCGGGUAAAUGUACUGCACCACACAUUUCACAUGUUUGAGUAAUUCUACUGUUAACAGAGAAUUGCUUUUUUUUGUUUAAAUGUGCACGGAUUCGUUGAGUAACACAUGCCUGUUAUCAUUUAGGAAUAUUUUUUUAGCAUACAUUGAUGCAUUUCGCCAAUGUAUUUGCCACCCCAUGACCUUUGUGAGGAUUUUUUAAAAACUCAUUGAAGGGUUAUUGACUCCUAAUCUGGAGUCGUGAACGACCACUGAAUUUUAAAUCAUUGACUUGUUUUUUUCUGUAUAAACAAAAAAAAUAACAAUUAAAAUUUUAAUUAACUUUAUAAUUGAGCAGCUCAUUGCUGUACAUUAUCAUUUGCUCUGAAAAAGACAAGUGCUUGAGAUUUGAGCCCACUAUGUAUAUAUAUGUUUUUCAAAGGCAGAGUUAAUAAUUACAUUGCGUAGUGUUACAGGAUGUUCUAAAAAAAAUGAUAACCUGCAUACUCUAUAAGGAAAGGUAUCGGGGUAUUUUUAAGGACACCUAAGCUGCAAGUACAUUUCAAAAUUGUCAUUUGUCUAUGGCGUGCACACAAUGGCUUUUGUGAGUUAUGUCGCAGAAAUUUGAAUGCCUUUUGCACCAGUGUGCUUUGCGAAUAGCAGAUGGGAAACUGAGAAUCAGACAAUUGAUCCAGUGCAAUUGCAUUGGCAGGGAUUUUUUUCACCUGACUACUCACUCAACAAAAUGUUUUCAAAAUUAUUUAUAUUUUGAAUCGUUGAUAAAGUUUGCGUAAAACUUAGAGGUGUUGUAUCACAAUUAUUCACUUAAGUAUAUGAAUGAGAUAUAUUGUCUUUGUAGCGGAAGAGACAAUUGUCAAAUACAUUGCCAAUUAACUAAUGGGAAUUUAUGAUAAUCACGAGCAGACCAUAAGAAUGUAAAGCAAUAUGGACCAUCAGAGAAAUUAACACCUUUGACAGUAAAACACAAAAAAAUAUUUAAGUACGUGUAAACGGGCAGUUGAAGUAUUCAAAGAGCCCACAAAUGAACAUUCGACGUCUUUGUGUAAGUGGUCAUAUUCACAGCCAAAUUCCUGUCAAAUUUGUGUCAAGUUGAAAGCGAAAGUGGCAAGGAUAAUAGAAAAUGGGACAACACAGAUAUAAUGCAACAGUGCUGUGCAUAAACAGUCAGGUAAGAGCACUUGUUUGAUUUAUUGGUUUUUAUUAUAUACUGUAACGAUUAAUCUUUGCAUUAUUUAAAGUCGUAUUUAAAAAAAAAAUUGGUUGCAUUACAGGGGUCAUAUUUCAUUGACUAACUUCUCACACUGGGACUUAGAUAUAUAUAUGUUGAAAUGUUAGAGCAAUUAGCAGGCAUGGAUGCGAGUUCUGUAUGGAUCUAAUCAACUGUCCCAUCUUUUCUUGGUCACUCCCGUGCAGUCCACGUCUUAAGCGCUUGGAAAUUGGAACAUUGAGCUGCUGAGAACAGCAAGGCAUUUUCCAAAACACAAAGGAUUUUAAAAUAGUGUUUCGUCUCACACUGUCGAUUUGUGUUUCAUAAAACUAUUUAUAUUUUGCAAUGUGACUGCUUUGGUGUCUUGUAACAUCGAUUUAAAUGUUUUAAAUGAAACAAAGAAAUAUAAAUUUGUCAUACCUAGACGAUGUUAAGCAUAUAUGUCUAUCCAUUAAUGAAACAUUUUUUUUUAUUGAAGGCUUUAUUUCAUAAUCUGCUUUCCAUUAUAGUUGUGGGUAAAUAUAGUCAAAGGCACAAUAGUUUAUUUUGUCUAACUCACACGAGACCAGGGUAGUCUGAUUUAUCUGCAAAAGUGACCUGGGGGGCAUUAUUCUGCAAGUAGGGGGGCAAUGAUUGUUAUGUAUAAUCUCGAUUGAGUCAUUUACAGAUAAUUUAUGAAUUUGCCAAAUUUGCACCCUGACGCCAGCAAGCAAUGAGCUAUUCUCGAGCAAAUGACGUCAGGGUACAUCUUAACGUCCACUGUGAAGCGGACCGCACCUAUUAUUACACAACCAUAGUAAUCAGGGCGGCCGCUGGAUUAGAACCGUGAACCUCUGCAACAAGCGGCAAACGUGCUCUCGGCUAGGCCACACCACUGCCUAAGACACAAGUGAUACUGAUAUAGAUGGAAGCUUGACAUCUUCAGUAUUAAAUGAACAAUAGGCUGGCUUGCCAUGUAUGUAUGGAAAUUGGUAGAAUGACAUGCCAGGAAUGUGUAUUGUGCUUCACCGACGACCUAAAAUCUUAUUGGUAAUCAGUAAUGCACAUCUUAGCUUAUAAACUACUGUCCACUCGAGCGAAUUCUUGAGAACACGAGUAAUAUGUGUAGGCAAAGCGGUGGUACCAAUUUCCACCAUCUGCGAAGAUCUAGCUCUUUUGACCCAUUUUAACAAAAUAGGUGUUUGCAUCACGAGGACCUGAGUAGUUGAUUUUUUAGCGCUGACGUCAGGGCACAGAACUGUAAUCUAAGGGUUACAGGUGACACACUCCAUUUUCAUUCCGGGCGCAAUCACAGGAGCAGUACUGACAAGUGUUAGAAUUUCAAUGAUAAAGGAAAUGUCAAAAAUGCUUGGGAUGGCACUCAGAGUUUGUUGAUCUUUUGGCAUAAAACGUUUUGUAAGUAUGCUGCCACCAAUAGUAAGUGCUGCUGUCAAAGUGUACAGGUGGUUCUGAUUUGGUUGUCAUUGAGAAAGCCAUUUUCCCUUUUAUUUGAAUUAUGGGCUCCUUCCAUGCAGUUCUCCAAUGCCUCGGUAUGUGUUUGUGCCUGCAGGCUCCCUAUGGCUUGUCACUGAUAAAACUACCCAACCCCUCCGCCACUUUGAUUCUCAUACUGAUGUUCCCAUAAAAAAAUAAAAACAGCAAUUUGACCACAUCUGCACAGCCCUAGACAUCUAUAAAGGCCACGAAUUUCCAAUCUUGCUGCAAUACAAUAACAUUGUAUGCACAAUGCAUGCUACACUGUAAAAACAUACCCACACACUUUUUUAACAUUUUAUGCAUUCAAUGUUUAAAUUUGAGUUCAGUACAAUGGCAUUACAUAUUAAACAUUAACCACAUUAUUGUGUAGCUGUAGUGCUUGGAUGGAUAUACAUAUACUUUUAAUGUUCCUUGUAGCAUUGAUAAUACAAUCUGGCCUAAACCUUGAUCAAGCCAGAAACAUGAAUAGGAAAACGGGGCGGGCAAACACCGAAACUCCACCUGGCCCAUUUAAUUUACCAAAGCACGUGGAAUAGCCAUUGCAUAAUGUUUCACAUUAGAUCUGCAGGCACAUUGGUGUAAAAGCAAUUAAAGCAAUUACCCCCAACAAACGAAACAAUACCAUGCGAGCAUACAAACACCUUUUGCAUGCUCUAAUUACAUACCUAAUUUGGCAACUGAUAUUCAUAACUAAAAAUGUGUGUGCCAUAGUGCACACAUUCGGGAGGGAGUUUUUUCAUACAUUGCUGAACAGUGACGUUUGGUUUUACAUUCAUCAUCCACAGGUUUAUUGACACUCCUAAUUUCAAAAUAGGCGAUGAAGAGCAUACCUUGCAUAAUUAUAGAAGUGACAUUUGCAUUUAUAUGGCGACAUGAUCACAGGAAAGUGUAGAAAUAUCUAAAUGAAGUUAAAGCUUACUGACCAGUAAUUAAAUGUAUCUGGACUGAUGACAGUAGUCUAUCAAACAUCAACAUUUUUGGCAAAAAAGUUGCAGAAUAAAUCCGUCCGAUCAGUAUAAUAAAAAUUAGUUCAUGAGUUGGGUUUCAAAGAACAGUUACAACUAAACCAUGUUAGGUCUACAAGUAGAAUAUAUGCACAUUUGAGCUGUGGAAGGGACAACAAUGAUAGUGCAAUCGUUGUGUUAACUUACCUGUUGCAACCCUUGGCUUGACAUACUUGUGCUCCAAUAAAUGAUCUUAUUUUGCAUUUGGUGCAGAAUCCAUGAAAAACUUUUUGUUGUUAUACUGAGCAUUGUCUACCGCUGUCAUUAAAAGCAAUGCACACUGUUUUAACCAUCAUAGACGGUAGCAUGGGAUUGGAAAAUGCAUUCAUGUCGGGUGAUAUCUGCGAGUGUACGUUGCUCACAACAGGAUGUGAGCCACUGGAAGAAAGUAGACUUACCUACCUUUGUUCUUUUCAGCUGCACGAUAUACAUCAAAGUUGGACAACAUUGUGAAAUGUCUUAAAAGUUUAAUACAGCUAAUGAGGAAUUCAAUGAUUGUGAACGGCACCAAUAUUGCGGUGCAGGAUUUUACAUUUGUAAUGUAAACCAUCGCAUGUGAUCAAAGGGUGUGAAUUGAAUACGUGAGAGAUGCCAAGGGCACGUGCGAGUCCUAGCUUAUGUAGUAGUCACACUGCAUCCCUUGGUGCAACCGCCACAAUAGUUUACAGGGUGUCCAUGAAGGUAUCAUCCAUUAUCAAAGAGUUAUUAUACAGCAGUUUGAGUUGCAUGGUUAGAUUCUGUACAAAAUAACAUGCCAAAAAACGAACCGCGCGAGGAACAUUCACCAAUGUGCAGAGGAAGCAUUUUAAACUGGAGAUGUUCUGGGAACUCUCAAAUCGCGAGACUGCGUGUUGCCAUACCAGAUAUGUAGAGGUUGAGAUUAUUAGAGGGAUGAAACUCCUACAAUAAAAUGCUUGUACUCCCGAGUGUGUGGGUAUAGUUUUAUUGACCCCCUAUAUUUUAAAAGUAAAAACAAAACACAUGGAAAAUGCUUGGAAUCUGUAAUAUCAUUAGAAAGCUGCUAAUUAAUGGAAAUUAUGCUCAUAAACUACAAAGCACUGCAAACAUAUGCCAGUAAAUGGACGAAAGAAAUAUGUACAUUUAGGCUGUUGCAGUUUUUUUGGUGAAUGUUGAUUUUGUUUGUCCUAUGUUAUUGCAAGCCUGAAAAUAACAAGCAUUAAUUCCUGCAUCGUCCUACGUCAUGCAUAGUAUUUCUACUCUAUACAGUACUGACAUUUUUCUGUGAAGGUUGUUUGACUUUUUGACAUACGUUUUAACCAGCGGUAUCUCAUGUCGAUAGUCAUGCAUUGUAAAUCUGUUUUACCUUGUAAUACUACGGAAAAUAAAUUAAGGAAAAACUCUG